AUGAGACUUUUAUGGCUUUCUGUGGCUCCCUUUGCCCUCUACUACUUUCUAUCACUACUUGGGCGCGCUUUAAGGCGCCACCUGUUCCUGAAACAGACUUGCGUCAAGGACAUCGACGCCCUUGGUCUUCCUCGUACAGCUCAACAUAAAAUUCGAGGCACUGCCGUAAUCUGUGGUGGCAGCAUUUCAGGUCUCCUUGCCGCUCGCGUUUGCCUUGAUCAUUUUGAAGAUGUUGUUCUUGUCGAAGCCGAGUCAUGGUUGGGCCGUGAUGACGCCCAACGGAGGGAUGCUUGGAACCAGGAACAUAAUCGUUCCCGAGUAAUGCAAUAUCACUCUUUCCACGCAUAUCCUGCCCUCGUUUACCAGGUAUACCGCAAGCUGUUCCCCUUCUUUGAUGAGGAAUGCAAAGCUUCUGAUGUACGCAUCAACCCGGCUGACUUCCGCCUUUCAACCUAUGGUGAAUGGCAAUACGUCCCAUAUGAAGAAUAUGGCGGCGCGCUUCCAAGUUCGACGUUUGUCGGACGCAUCGGUCUCGAAACGCUUCUACGCCGGUUGGUCCUCGGUGGUCGUCACGAGCAUGUUCGCCAAGUUAUUGGCACCGUUAUCGGCGUCUCUAGAAGUGGGUCAGAUAAGCGGUACCUUGACAAGGUUAUUGUGCGCACGGAGGAAGGAUCCUUGACUUUGGACGCCGUGAUGGUUAUGGACUGCACUGGUCCAGCAAGCGGUGGGAUGAAAUGGCUACGACGCGAAGGCUUCGGCGUUCCUGAAUCGGGCGAGUACCCGAGGGGAAAACUUUCUCUCGAGGAAGUGAAUGUCAAGUACAACCCGAACGUUUAUUACUCAACACUGCGCUUCCAUGUGCCCCCCGAAGUGGGAAAGAAGUUCCCUGGGCUUACGACGUCAUGGGAUCGGUGCAGUUCAAUUUAUGUCUGUUUAACCGAAGCUGGGGUUGAAUCUCGCGCGUUAUAUUGCCAGCGUAUCGAAGGUGACAUUGUUCAAUUGUGCGCCGGAGCCUGGGGCUGUCCCGACCUCCCUCAGACACUCGAUGAGUUCAAGGAAUACACGAAUAGCUUGGUUGUAAGAAAGCCUAUCCCGGAAUGGUUCCUGCAGAUCUUGGACAUCCUUGAUGAGGUCAAAGACACUGCGGAAUGCAGCAAGACUCAAUUCCUAACUGCAAAUCACAUUCGCUACGAGAAGGCUACUAAUUUACCAGCAAACUUUGUCGCUGCUGGAGACAGUGUUAUGAGAGUCAAUCCUGUCUUUGGGCAAGGAUGUAUGAAGGCGUUCAUCGGUGCCAUUUGUCUCAAUACGUUGCUGCAAAAUAACGUCCAAUCGAUUCCGAGCAACUUUUCUGAGCGAUUCUUCGAAAUGCAGGCAGAUAAGACAAUUCCUUUUUGGGAUGCAGCAAAAGCCUUUGACUAUGGAUAUUCGACUACUGUGCCUAUGGCUGGAGAAACGCUCUCCUCAGGUUCCUUAGGUCGCUGGACAAGCAAGCUGGAUCAGCAAUAUUCCACUGCAGGCAUUUAUUUGCCCCUUCAAUUGACAUGA